UGCCCGCUCAGCGCAGAGGAUUGUGGGAUCGGAGGAGGCAGCAGCGGAGCAUCAUCAUCAUCACUGCCGGGACCGGGACUCUUGUGAGCGGACUGUACCGAGCUGGGAGCCGCUGAAGUGCCUUAAGAGCGGAGCCAUGGGACACGGAGACCUGAUGAGCCAGGCGGAGGAUGUGGCGGACCAGUUCCUGCGGGUGACCAAACACUACCUCCCCCACGUGGCGCGGCUGUGCCUGGUCAGCACCUUCCUGGAGGACGGCGUCAGGAUGUGGUUCCAGUGGGCGGAGCAGAGCGAGUACAUCGAGUCCACCUGGAGCUGCGGACGCUUCAUCGCCAACGUCUUCGUCCUAAUCAACCUGCUGGGGCAGCUGGGAGGCUGUGUGUUGAUCCUCAGUAGGAACUUUGUUCAGUACGCCUGUUUCACUCUGUUCGGGAUCAUCGGCAUGCAGACGGUGGCCUACAGCAUCCUGUGGGACCCAAAGUUCCUAAUGAGGAACCUGGCGUUGGGUGGAGGUCUGCUCCUCCUCCUGGCGGAGUGUCGUGGGGAGGCUCGCAGCGUGUUUGCAGGAGUUCCGUCCCUCGGUCAUCAGAGUUCUCCGAAGCACCUCCUUCAGCUGGGAGGAAGAGUGCUCCUCGUCCUCAUGUUCAUGACGCUGCUGCACUUUGACCUCAGCCUCUUCAGCAUCCUGCAGAACCUGGUGGGCACGGCGCUCAUCGUGCUGGUGGCGGUCGGCUUCAAGACGAAGCUCGCCGCUCUGACUCUGGUCGUCUGGCUGCUCGUCAUCAACUUCACCUUCAACGCCUUCUGGAGCAUCCCGUCGUACAAACCCAUGCACGACUUCCUCAAGUACGACUUCUUCCAGACCACCUCCGUCAUCGGGGGCCUCCUGCUGGUCGUGGCCCUGGGGCCCGGCGGGGUCUCCAUGGACGAGAAGAAGAAGGAGUGGUGAGGAGGAGAAGGGAGGAGGAGAGAGGAGGUGAAGCUGAGGCUCCAGGGACGAGAAGAAGAAGGGGUGGUAAGGAGGAGAAGGGAGGAGGAGGGAGGAGGGAGAAGGGAGGUGAAGCUGAGUCUCCAGGAGUGGUUGAGGAGGUCUGAUGUCAUCACACACCUGUUAGUGAUGAUGUCACAUCAGCUUCUCUGUUGUCGUCAUCAAUCAUCAGCUGAUUAUUGAUGACAUCACAGCCAAACAUCAACAAGAGAAAAUUCAUCAAAUUAUUAUUAAAAAUCAGGUUAAAACAACAUCAAUCAGAUAAACAUGUAAACAUGUAAACAAAUGAUGUCAUAGCUUCCCUGGCGUUCAGACUGGCUCCUCCCACCUGCAGGUGUGUUAACCUGUGUGUGUGCUGCUCUGAGGUCACGUACAGGUGUGCGCUUCAUUUACACACCUGAGUCCAGGUCAGAGCCACGCCCUCCUCCUUUUCCUCAGUUUCAGAGCGACCAAUCAGAGAUUCUCUCCGUGUCACAUGACGUGUGUGUGUGUGUGUGUGUGUGUGUUUUUAAAUCCUUCCCAUCAGCAGUCUGAAUAAUCCAGUUGUAGUGACGGAGGCUGUCCAGCAGGUGGAGCUGUUUACUCUCCUGUGUUGUUGUUUGUUGGUUUUAUUUGUGUGUCAGUGUGACGAGCCGUCUGCUCCUGUGUUCGUCUCUCAGUAUCUAUAAAGUUGUGACAAAGUGAAAUAAUUUUCUAUGAUGUGUUUUUGUAGGAGAUGUUUAAUAAAUCAGUCGCAUUGUGAA